AUGCCGCCGAAUGCACGCGUUAACGAAAACCUUCUUCCCCAAGUGACACCGGCGAGAAUUCAAAAGCGCGAAGAAGUCCAACUUGAGGUGGAAGCAACAACUGAGUGUGACUGCCGAGAAGCCCGAUUCAGUAUCGGGGAUGCUUUGUUCACAAGCUUCGUGGUGGCGCCGCAAGUGGUGAGCGUGUGGCGAGGAACGUGGGGAAUUAUGGAACUGCGUCCCGAAUUGUUCCCGUACGCGCAAAUAUACUUCCUGGGCAUCGUGAUACACGUCUGCUUUGCAUUAAUCAAAACCCAACUAUUUUCACGAUCUCGGGACGCUUGGGGCGAAGGGCGCGCGGGCAGAUGGCUACGCGAGCGCCUGUUCAGCAGGCUGUACACCUACAUCUUCAUCCUCUCCUGCAUAAUGCAUUGGCGGGGAGGCUGGGGACUUCUUGAUAGUCUUGUCAACGCCAUCUUUCCGGAUCCAGACAAUCCUCAUAGGCCUGUAUUGAUCGCUGCCAUUACAAUUCUCCUGUACUUCUGCAUCACAUGUCUUCGCUCGUCGCGGAACCUGCUCGCCACGCCAUACUUCCUAGCGACCGACGGAAAAGAACCCACCUACAUAUUCACCACCAGGUUCCAGAAGAAGAGUAGUAGGGAAACGGCUCUGUACAUACUUGACUGCGUGUUUUCCGUCACUGUGGUGGGCUCCCUGGUGGUGUUUGUAUGGCGAGGCUCUUGGGCGUUGCUGGACAUCUUCCUCUACCCAGACAACCUGGUGAAAUCCUGCUGGACCUCCUUGGUGGUAGGCUACGCAUUGGUGGUGCUUACGUUCGCUGCGCAGGCGCCGGUGCGGUGGGCAGCGGCCAAACUGCACGGGGCACCGAGGCUUCUACUCGCCGAUGUGUACCAUCUGAUCUCGUUCCUGGCUACAGUCAACGUGUGGCGAGGAAUAUGGGGCCUACUGGAUAUUUAUUUCUUUCCAGAUACACCCAAACUCAGCAACUGGUUCUCGCACAUCAUCAGCCUAGUGCUGCUCAUGCUCCUCAAUUGCUCCAACUCCGUUCUAGUUCGGGGAGUCUACAUCGACGCCGAGGAGCCCGCGGGUGACUGCGUAGAGUUCCCCUGCCACUACCUUAGACUAUUCUUCGAGAAGGAGCGAGUGAAGAAGAGACCCAAGAAUCUAGUCGAGACCGCUUCCGCUGCUAAUGCGAGGAAAACUGAGGAAGCCAGCGUGCCUUUACAGAUGCCUGAGGAGAAAGUAUAAUAGAAUAUACUGAGUAAUAAUGUAUUAAAAUAGGCACGGAAAAUGGUCACGAGGAUCUCGAAGUUGACUCUAAUAUCUAUCUUCGGUUAUUCAUGGGGCCUAAAAUAAUAAUCAAUCUAGUCCAAUAUCUUUAGAUCAAACAAUUAGUAUUAGGAAUAGGAUACGGAUAGCACAUCCGUAUCCUAUUCCUUUAACCUGUCGGUAAAAUGGUUGUACAAACUAUACUAUUUGAUCUGAAGACUAUGGAUUAGACUAAAUAUGUUAGAGUAAACCGGAACGCAAUUAGAGAUUAAUAAAUUAUGUUUGGUGAAGUAUCUUGUCACAGUAAAGGUCUGAGACUCGCUGAAGCACUUGGGAACCAAAAACUGUAGCGCAAAAGAGUACCGUCUACAUUAUUACUCAAACGUAGAUAUGAUUUCAUGGUUUAUGUACAGAUCGGCUCGAAUUAAGAAUAGAGAAUACUUAUUCAUAGACAGCAUGUUUGUAAAUAUUUGGACUAUUCUUUAAUCUAACAAGUUCAACGGUAUAUCGCUAUAACCUUUGAUGAAAACCGUUUUACUAUUUGAGAACAUAAUUUUGCUAUCUAAUGUAAUAAAAUGGUACCUACAUCGAUUGGUUUAGUAUGUAAAAAACGUAGAGCUAACGAGUUAAUAAAUCGGAAUGAGUAUCAAAAGAAGAAUCCAUCGUGAGCGUUGAUUGGGUUGAAAUUUCCUUAUGCACUAAAUCUAGCACUUAUCGGGCCUGUACAAGAUAACGUCCAGGAGCUAGAUGCAAUUUCUUUCUAAGUUUCUUUGACCCCGUGUAAUCUUGCACGAAACUGGCCAUGGAGCGGUUCGAUAUUAUGUCGUAUCAAUUCAAUUGGAUCCAAACAAAAAUGAAGUAAGCGUUUAACCUAAAUAAAAAUUGGCUUUUUUAAACCAUUAUAAAAUCUUAUUGGUGUCAAUUUACCAGCUGUUGUUCUUGUUAAAGUUAUUGAUAUCGUGAUAUUUAAGUAAAAAGGUCCAAAAAGGCUAUAAACUAGAUCCGGAAGGCCAGAUAAAAAAAAGUUCUUUUAAUCAAUUAAUUGUAUUUUCUUCUUCUGAUUUCUGACAAACACACCAUGUCCCUAUUUAAACCUUGUAAAUAUAGACUAUAACAAAGCCUAGAAGAAAAAACUUCUUAGCCUAUAAGAAUUAGACAGUUUACUUAUUUAGUGUACAGUUAUAUCGAUUAUAGUUUAGUUUAGUUUUAUGUAGUAAUUUAAAUAGUUAAGGCGAUUGGUUAAAUGCUCAUUUUUUCCAAUUCUUACCUUAUUAAAUGCAAUUAGCUCAAUUCGGAGAUGGUUCUAUUCCGGGUCGGACUAGUUCGCGAAUUGUCUAAUUUUAAAAUGGUCCGAUAUUUAUGGGGAAUGAGGUAUAUCGCAGAGUGAAAUAAAUAAGAGACUACAUUCGUUUGGUAACCACACUAACUAAAUAACCAAGUAGUCUGAGAUCUAUGUAUAAUGGGUAAAGUAAAUAUGUGAAUUGGAUAGAAUGAGUAUUCGACAGUCGUCCUUAAAAGAGUUAAAGGUAUUGAACAAUUUUUCUCCAGUGUUGUGACCAUGUUUUGGGUGUACUGAUUUCAUUAGACAGAAUUACACUUGGUACUGAUUCACUACUUUAUUCUAAUCACCACAACCUUCCUGAACUCCAAGUCUGUCAUAACAUCUCACUUUAUAGCACUGGAAUUUUUUUUUUCGAUACGCUCAAGAUUCGCACGCCCUUAUAUUGUACCAAAAAGAUAGCACGACAUCGGUCUAUAGAUCUAUUCUUUAAAUGCGCGGAUUUUGUGGGUAUUAAAUAGACAAACUUAUGUUAAAAUAAGCAAAUAGAUACUGUUAAUAGUACAAUGCAUAUGACCACUUCAAUACGAAAAAUAGAUAGGUCUCACUUUCUAAACUCAAACAGAUUUUUGAGUGUGUUAUUGAAGCUGAAUUUGAAAUAGUUGCCAAUUCUUAAGCGAUAUGAAUUUAUUGGGAUAUUAAACCCAUAAUCCCAAUCAAUUUCUAUGCAAAAUCCUUCCGACUAUACCGAUCCUAAGUUGGUAGGGUGGUAACAACUAAAACCUCCUACCAGUCAAUACCAGGGAUUCUGAAAUACUUAUCUCUAUCUAUUAAAGAUUUGGAUCCCGGGGCCUCCCACUUAGGGAGGUCGACAAACGGUACUUGUAUGAGCUGAAUAUAAUAGAGAACCAGGGCCCUGUUUGCUAAUAACCUUAAUGUAACACCUUUUGAUAGCCCAACACGAUGCUAUAACAGUUAUAUUUUUUUAUUAAUUUUGUAUGACGUCUUACCAUUCCUUUAUCAGUAUUCAUCUUAUUUAUUGUUGUCAUAAUAUUAUUUACCUUUAGUUUAAGUAACUAUUUAAUUUCUGUUCUCGUAUAAUAUUUGUAACGACAUGACGUUAUAAGUGAAAAGGGGUAGAUCAGAAGUUCAUAAUGACGGCACGGUGAACCUAUAAAGCUCAGUGCUCCGUCGCCAACAU